UUGAGCUUACCUGCAGUUCAGGUAAGUUCAAUCAACUUGCACAUGCACCUUGCGAGCUACCACAGUCGCGCGCGCGCAUCCCGUCUGCACUGUCAAGAUGCAUUGUUUCAUUUGUGUUACGUAUAUGAUGAUCCUCUGCAGUGCACGACCCCCAGAAACAAAGGAAUUAUCCACGGAACAUCAAAAAAGGUCACUCUUCCGUGACGUUAUUGAAUCACUCAGAAUCCACACCCACUUACCAGAAGACACAAACCAAAACGACGAGAAUAACCUUUAUCAGAACGAUGAACGAUACUAUGAAAAUGAUGCUCCGGAACUCCCAAGCGAUACAGACUUCAUACCUCGAAGAAAUGAUAGAAUAGAUACGCCACCACUAAAAUACAGAUUCCCUAAAAGUCUUGAAAACAUCACUGAAAGGGAAUCGGAUGGUAAUCAUGAGGUAAUUGUUUAUAUUGAAACAAGUACAGAGGUUAAACCAACCAAAAAACCUCACAAACGUAUCAAAAACAAGGAGGAACAAAAUGGCAGCACCGUAAGUCAAAAUCCGUUGUUAGUACCUUUUUCUAAUACAAUGGCCGGACAAAGUCAAAUAGGAGACAGAGAAUCUCAAACAGUAGUAAAACCGACCGUUAUAGUUAACCUACGAGGUACAGUCAGUCAUAGAGAUAGUGACAUUAGACUACAGAAAAAGCAAAAUUAUACAAUACCAGACAUGGGUGGCAACGUUUUCAACGUUAAGCAAGAAAUAAAUUUGUAUAGAGCCAUGACUGAAGCGAGAAAUGCAAGUGAUAAAAAUGUACAGAAUACUGUAAAGCAAGAAGUGAAAAUAUAUGAAAAUGUAACCAAAAAGGAAGAGGACAUGAUGAUGUGCGAGACAGCUGGUUUGAAAGCGCAGAAAGGCGAGCAAAAAGGACGCAGUAUUGAUGUGUUGCAAAUAUUAGUUUCUGUUUAGCUCUCAUCAAAUUUGUCGAUUGUCAUUAGAAAGUGUAUUAUGUAGGUUAGUCUAUGUAGAUGUUUUCUGCUAUAAAUUA